UUUAAGUUUUUUUUUGAAAUCAAAACUUAAAGGAUAAUUGAAAAAGUUGUAUGAUUUAUACUCCAAAAUAUCUACGCUCCUAUUUCCUCGUCGGUUUUAAAGUACUAUACACGAAAUGGGUUCAAUAAUAAAAGUUCUACUUGUACUCCUCGUGGUCCUGGCCGUCUUUGUACAUCGGCUUCAUUUAUUGUCAAGUUCAGCGCCGCUGCCUGCAUUAAGCGAUACGAGUGCUGCUAAUUACAAGGAGAAUACCGACAUAAAAAAAUUUGAUAUAAGCGUUAAACCAAAUGUAAUAGAAGAUCUCAAAGCACAGCUGUCACAACCACUCGUUCUACAUCAGCCACUAGAAGGAAUUGGCUUUCAAUAUGGAUUCAAUUCGAAUUACCUUGAAAAGGUGGUCGAAUAUUGGCGGGACAAUUACCUGCCCAAGUGGAGUGAACGCGAAGCUUUUCUCAAACAAUUUCCGCACUUUGAGACACAGAUUCAGGGUUUGCGUAUUCAUUACAUUCAUGUGAAUCCAAAAUCCACCGAAGGUAAGAAAGUGAUUCCUCUGCUGCUGCUCCAUGGCUCAGGAUCUGUACGCGAAUUUUACAAAAUUAUUCCGCUGCUUACGAAACCGAACCCCAAGAGCGCCUACGUUUUCGAAGUGAUUGCACCUAGUUUACCUGGUUAUGGUUGGUCUCAGGGCGCCUCAAAGACUAACUUUGGUCCAGCUCAGAUGGCUGUGGUUUUGCGUAAUUUGAUGUUACGUUUAGGACAUGACAAAUUUUUAAUACAAGGUGGCGAUUGGGGUUCCAUAAUCGGAUCGCAUAUAGCCACUCUGAGACCUCAAAAUGUACUUGGUUAUCAUUCAAAUUUUUGUUUUAGUAACCACCAAUUAACGUUGUUAUAUAAAUUUGUGCGCUACCUGUUGCCAUAAUACUUCAUAAAAGACGAAUACAAAGCUUUCUUUAAACCAUUGGGCGAAGAGUUUGCGUUCAUCAUGGAAGAGACCGGAUAUCUACAUAUUCAAGCAACCAAACCAGAUACUAUUGGCGCCGCGCUUUCGCAGAACCCCGUUGGCUUGGCUGCAUACAUUCUAGAGAAGUUCUCUACUUGGACCAAUCCUGAAAACAGAAAACUUGAAGAUGGUGGUUUGACUAAACGUUUCACGCUGGAUGAGCUUUUGGAUAACAUUAUGAUCUACUAUAUAACAAAUUCGAUAACCACAGCGCAGCGUUUGUAUUCGGAAGGAUUCAACAUGGCGCAAAUGGGCUUGAACCUUGAAGAAGGUGGCCACUUUGCAGUCAUGGAAGUACCGAAGUUACUCUAUCAAGACUUUGUAGAGUUUGCCGAAAAAGCUUUAGCCUAUAAGUUAUAG